AUGAUGCUGCCAAUUCUGCUGCUGCUCCUGCCGGUCCUCAGUCCCACUUUGGCCUGGAUUCCAGUGGAGGAUUGGGAGUCUGGCAAUGUCACUGCAUCAGUCGGUGAGUCAGGUCAAUGUGUUUGUCAUGUGUAUCUGCCUGACACCACCUUCCCUGCUGACCGGGUUCAGCAAAUGCAACAAGUCAGCAAGGAUCUGAUCCUGGAAGUGGAAAUCCAAAUGAACAAGAUGGUGAGCUAUGAGGGUAAACUGGAGAUCUAUUUGAAAGAACUGAGCGACCUGACUGUCAGAGUGGCCAUGCUGGAGAGCAGUCCUGACAGUUACAUCAAACUGGACUUUGAGCUGCUCAGGAUUGAGCUCAGAGAAUUCGAGGCUAUUGUGUCGCAGCUCAAAGACUCCCUCAACUCCUCCUCACCCAUGUUUGACAGUCUGUAUACUGAGAUCCGCAACAUGACACUCAUUGUGAACCAACUGGAGACUUAUGACAAGAGCAACCUGGAGGUGAUCCGCAUUGAGUUCGCUAAGCUGCAGAAGAAGCUGGAGGAGUGCCAGAAGGAGCAGGAGUUCAUCAAGCCAGAUAUUGGCAACUGCAAUCAUACAGGAAUCAUGAGCCUCAGCAAACCCACGGUGGUCCAGCUCAAUGCUCAUUUGAAUGCAGGUUACCAGUAUGGCGGCUGGGGAAAAGACUCCAAACCUGUUCGAGGCUAUGAGUCAAUGUACUACUUUGGUGCAUACGUCAAUCCCUCAGUGCAUGACUUCUAUUUGUACUCUGACUAUGAAAAGCUGAUUCUGAGGUCUGCAUUCAAGCACCAUGACAUACCAAGUGGGUGGGAAGGUACCGGUAACAAUUACAUUGUUCACGGCAACACCAUAUAUUACCAGCACAACACACCUUUCAGUAUGACCAAGCUGAAUCUGACCAGUUCCAGAUAUGACUCCAGAGUGAUCCCAGCUGCUAGUACAAGGUUCUCAUACAGUUACUCAGAUAACCAGAACAUGGACUUUGCAGCCGAUGAAAAUGGCUUGUGGGUAAUGUACGCCUCAGAGGAGAGCAAGGGUAAAAUUGUCCUAGCAAAGAUAGAUGAGAAAUCUUUUGGCAUUGCCGAUGAGUGGGAAACCGGUGUGUUCAAGCAGUUGGCUGGCAAUGCUUUCAUGGCCUGUGGAGUCAUGUACGCCACCAGGUCAGUGGAUUUGAACACAGAGGAGAUCUAUUAUGCAUUCGACACUAAGACCAAGGAGGAGAAACAUCUCAACAUUCGCUUCCAGAAGUUCCUGGAGAAAUACACCAACCUGGACUACAACCCCACAGAUCAGAAGCUUUACAUGUACAACGAUGGCUACUACGUGUCCUAUAAUGUGAGGUUUAACAGAGAAUGAUUCCUCCUCUUUGUGAUCGACCGUAUUGUGAUUGAUUCGAAUGAUCUGUAUUUACUCUCUGUCACCGGAGCUCUACAAAGCUAU